AUGGAUCCAAACGACCACUUCCCCGCCCCGUCGCGCACCACGCGUCAGAAGACGCCUAAUGACUCUGCGUCCACUGCCGCCGUCACCUCUGCCCCGUCCGCCUCCCGCUCGCCGCACGACAUGGCGCCCCACAAACCCGGUGCCCAGCAUGCUGCGAAGCAUGCGAAAGGCACCGCGCCCGCGAGGCCGCCGUCCAAGCUCGCAGACGAUGACCGAGCUCCGCGGACCUCCAGCAAAGAUAGCCUGAAGGCUAAGCAGCUCAAGAAGCCCGCCGAACAGCCCAGGCCCGACAAGAACGAAGAGCUGCUCAAAGUCUUCAGGUCCGACCUCGAUAGUCUCCGCUCUCUCGUGACCUGCAAGAUCUGCGACAGGCUUCUCUACGAGCCUUAUGUCAUCUCGUGCGGCCACACCUACUGCUACAGCUGCCUCUGCACGUGGUUCGUCAACAACAGGUCUCGCAAGACAUGCCCGGAUUGCAGGGCCAUGGUGGUCCAGCCACCUGCUCCCGCCUAUUUGAUUCGCGACAUGACCCAAAUCUUCAUAAACCGCGCCGAGCUUCAUCCUGCUGGCGAGACCCAAGAGCUCCACAAACAGUGGCAGAAGGAGGAAGCCGACAUCGUGCUUCAGGAUAAGACCAACGACGACGCGCGCACCGGCGGCCUCUUCAAAGGCUGCUUCCGCGUGCGUCCUGAAGGAGGGUUGCGCGCUAUCCGCGACGAGGAAGACGGGGUCGACCGCUGCCCUAUGUGUGCGUGGGAGCUCGAGGAUGGGGAGUGUGCUCAGUGCGGCCUCCAGUUCGAUGACAACGGCACAUUGGCCUGGGGGAACAGUUUCGGCGGCUUCAGCGACAUGGACGAAACCUCGGAACAUGACAUGUCCAGCGAGGAUCUGGACGGAGACCUUGAGCUUGAAGACAACGAGGCUGACCUUGAUCUUGACGGCUACGGCGACGAAUUGGAAGACUGGCAGGACCAGUUCGAUGACGACCACUCUUAUGCCGUCAGGAGAUGGCUCGCGAACGAGGCGCUUGCCCGUCCGCAGCAACCUUUCGGUCUGGGCCCGGCGCGCCGCCGCCCCGCCGCUCACAGUGCGGCUGGAAGUAGGCGGCGCUCAUACAGUGCCAGCAUUGUUUCCGAGAUUUUGACCGAGGACACCGAGAUGGGCAACAUCGAGGAAGAAGAUGAAGACGAGGAAGACGGAGACUCUUCCAUGAACGACUUCAUUGACGAUGGGGAACCAGAGACUGCGUCUCAGAGCACGCGGUCGACCGACGGCGAGACUCCAACACCGCCAUCUAACAUGCGAGGUCGCCGCACACGGCGUGUUGUGGAAUCAGAAUCGUCUUCCGGCGCUUCCCAUCAGGCAGAGGAUGAUGAAGAUGACAACGACGAAGGUCCUAUAGCUCCGGGAAGAAGGCGCAUGCAGCAUCAUCUAUACCGGCCCCAGUUCCAACCGAAUUUCCGCAGACGUCCAGUGGCACCGUCUUCUUCAGCACCCGAGGAUGUCGACGUUGAUCAAGAUCUUGAGGAAGAUACGCAGGCUUUGUUGUACGAGGACGGUUGGUCCCCGCUUGGGCACGAAGGUGAUGAAGAGACAAUGGAAGAAGACGAUGAUAGCGAUGGAGGAAGGACGACCGUUGGGUGGGAGCCGAUUGCGAAUUCCGUUGAACGAUCUAACUUCGGUGGUUCUCUGACUCCUACUGCAGAUAGACCUACCGGCGCGAUCCGUCCGCCUUCCCGCACGGGCAAUUCCCGAGUUCUUGACGGCUCCCGAGGCCUACGCCGACGUAGCUCGGUGCUAUCGGCUGUUUCCAGCACCAACUACGAGGACGGAGAGGCGGAUGAUGACGAUUCUGAGAUUGAUCGAGAUGGAGACGCCAGCAUGAGAUCGCCUGCGGUGCGGCCACGCGGUUCAAGGAUGCGACUACGCAACAGCGUUGCUUCGACCGGCUCACGGCCUCCUAGUAGCAAUUUUUCUGCAGGAAAUUCCGGGGAAAAUGACACUGACGACAACUCGGACGACACUGCAGCACCUGGUGCUCGUCACCGGCCUCGUCUCAGGACGGAACGGCAGGAAUACGAUCCAAGGAUUAGCUGGGCUUUCGCUCAACAUAUGGCGGAGCUGCGGGAUCUCAAUCUUCAACGCCCCGACGCCUUCCUAGAUCACUUGGAACAGUUGAGAGCUGCUACUCCCGUUACUCGCCCUCGAACUUCGAAUCGGAAUCGUGCUGCUCCUUCGCCCCUUGCUCCCCAUCCCCAAUUCUCCCCUCUGUCCAACGGUCCUUUGCCUCCAUUCUCGCCACCGGCGAAUGGGCCUGCCAGGCUUCGGACUCCCAUUAAUUUGAAUUCAGUGAGUGGGUCAUCCGCGCCAAUGUCUCCGCGAUCGGAAAGAAGCCAGGGAUCAACGAGCCAGACAUCUGGUUCCAGCAGCGAUGUGAAUGGCAAUGCUUCGCGCCGUACUCCAUCCGCCUCAGGGGCGAGCAGCGUCACGAUCGCCACCGAUUUUCCAGACGGGACGGAAUCCAAUCAAGGCUCGGGACCUCAGAAUUGGGCGGGGCAACAAAGCGAUGUAGCUGACCGUGCAAACACCCGCACACCAUCUUCUAACAGUAGGCGCAACUCUGGCACGUACCAAGGUCCCAUUUCUCCCGGGCUCAACUUCGCCGCUCGCUUCCAGGCGCAGCAAAAUCGCAACCCCUGGAAUCCAUUUGUACCGUUGAGUCCCAUAAGGCCAAGGCAGUCUGUCCAACGUCUCCGAGAUCAGUCAUCCACUGCUACUCUACGUCCCCGGAAUUCGCAACGGGGCCUUCGCCAGCAGCCUUCCCAGACCAGCGUGAGAGAUGGCAACGCUCAGGCCCCACAUGUCAGGCAACAAAACUCGCGUGUCAACCUUCGAUCUCAGCCUUCGCAGCAACGCCUAUCGAAUCAAGCCUCUACGCGAACUUUGAGAGCAAACAACGCUGCCGUCAUGCAUCAGUCGAACGCCUCGACCUCCAGUGUUGGUUCAAACGGGUCUCAGCGCUCUAGACUCACUGAAGAGGAGCGUCUUAGCCGAGCUCGCGAGCUCGUGAUCAGUAGGCAGCAAGCUCUCCAAGGAGGCGGCACCAACCCUUUUGCUGCUGGACGAAGGCAGACGACUCCUGGCCAGAGCAGCAAUGCUUCGGCCACCGGAAGUGUCCGGAGCCAGUACAGCGUCAGCAGUGCGCAGUCUCUUGGGUCGUCCAGUGCGGCUUCCCUCUCUCAGCAGUCCAUUCCUCCGCAAAUGCCGAACCCACAGCCUACACUUGGCCGUCGGAGGAGCAACCGCAACGUUGGCGCUCCUCCUGGCGCGUUUGUACAGCUUCAACAGCAGCAACAGCAACAGCAACAGCAGCAGCAGCAGCAGCAGCAGCAGCAGCAGCAGCCGUCGUCGUCGGCAAACACUAAUGCCUUCAUCCGUGCUCGAAGCGGAUCUAAUCCUGGCGUCUCUGCUUAUGGCUAUGAGCGAGGCGUUUCGGUCAGUUCGGAUGGGAUUACUGCUGGUGGCAGUAAUGCGUAUUAUUGA